AUGCUGAGCCUGCUGGUGCUGGUACUGCCCCUCCUGCUGAGCCUGGCUCACGUGGCCCCUGCCCCAAGCCAAGCCCUGGAGAGAACAGGCAUCGUAGGGGGACAGGAGGCCCCUGGGAGCAUGUGGCCCUGGCAGGUGAGCCUGAGAAUCAGAACACGGUACUGGAUGCACUUCUGCGGGGGCUCCCUCAUCCACCCCCAGUGGGUGCUGACUGCUGCGCACUGCAUAGGACCGGACAUCAAAGAUCCUGCAUUCCUGAGGGUGCAGCUGCGGGAGCAACACCUCUAUUACCAGGAUAAUCUGCUGCCCAUCAACCGGAUCAUCCCGCAUCCCAAGUUCUAUAGCAUCCAGGAGGGGUUUGACAUCGCCCUGCUGGAGCUCCAGGAUCCUGUGAACAUCUCCUGCAAGGUCCAGCUGAUCACUCUGCCCCCUGCCUCGGAGACCUUCCCCCCGGGGACCCAGUGCUGGGUGACAGGCUGGGGUGAUGUGGACAAUGGAGAAUCCCUACCACCGCCAUUCCCCCUGAAGCAGGCAAAGGUGCCCAUUGUAGACAACAGCAUCUGUGACAGCAAAUACCACAUGGGCCUGUACACCGGGGACAAUGUCCGGAUUGUCCAGGAAGACAUGAUAUGUGCUGGGAACGAGAAGCAUGACUCCUGCCAGGGUGACUCUGGAGGGCCCCUGGUCUGCAAGGUCAAUGGCACCUGGCUGCAGGCAGGUGUGGUCAGCUGGGGUGACGGUUGUGCCCAGCCCAACAGACCCGGCAUCUACACCCGUGUCACCUACUACCUGGACUGGAUCCACCAGUACGUCCCCAAGGGCCCCUGA